UAAACAUGAACUCUGGCCAUGAAAUGACUGUAUUUUGCACUUCCUGAAACAUGACAGGCUAUAGCGCUCGGUGGAAAUUAUUUAAGUUUCUCAAAGUGCUGCUGUUUAGUGUCAUAUUUUCGAUUACAGUUUUGUUCCUUGUUGCCACAGUUAGGACGUUUACAUUUGAUGCGGACGCUGGGCUUCAGUUGGGAAAAUGGGAAAAUACAACAGCCAUUUCUCUUCAUUUAAGUCCACAACAGAGAAAGAACCUGCUGGCAAAUUUCAAAGCGGCCAUUCAGAUUCCCACUGUGUCAUUUACCGAGACUAAUGUGAACACGAGCGCGCUGCGUGAGUUUGACGGGCUGCUGAGGAAGGUCUUCCCAAAGAUCUUCUCAUCCAGUCUGGUCCAGCAUGAGAUGGUGGGAAACUACAGCCACCUGUUGACGGUACCAGGAAGCGAGCCUGAUCUGGAGCCGUACAUGCUGCUGGCACACAUUGAUGUAGUGCCGGCCGAUGAGGCGGAUGGGUGGGAUGCUCCUCCUUUCUCUGCUCAAGAGCUCAAUGGCUUCAUUUAUGGACGAGGAACCAUCGACAAUAAACAGUCUGUGAUGGGGAUCCUUCAGGCGUUGGAAUACCUGCUGGAACAAGGUUACACUCCUCGGAGAAGCUUCUACAUCGGCUUGGGUCACGAUGAGGAGGUGAAUGGUUUACACGGGGCAGCCAAUAUCGUGAAGCUCCUGAAGAGUCGGGGGGUGAAGCUCCAGUAUGUUUUAGAUGAAGGCCUGGCAGUGUUGGAUGGUGUCAUAAGUGGCCUGGAUGGACCUGCUGCCCUAAUAGGUAUCAGUGAGAAAGGUCAGGCCACAGUAAAGCUGAGUGUAAGCAGUGCUCCAGGACAUUCAUCCAUGCCUCCCAGAGAGAGCAGCAUUGGCAUCUUGGCGUCAGCAGUCAAAAGAUUGGAGGAAAAUCCAAUGCCCAGGCUGUUUGGUUAUGGUCCUGAGCGUGGCACGUUUGAACACCUGGCCCAUAAGUUUGGUUUGCCUCUCAGAUUCAUCAUGUCUAAUCUGUGGCUCUUCUCUCCGCUACUCAGCAGGGUGUUGGAGAGAAAACCUGACACAAAUGCAUUUGUGAGGACCACAACUGCCGUCACUAUGUUUAACUCAGGUGUAAAGAUUAACGUAAUUCCAUCAUAUGCUGUAGCAUUUGUCAAUUUCCGUAUCCACUCAGCCCAAACACUGCAGGAGGUUCUGGAGUUGGUCAAGUCAACUGUAUCAGAUGAGCGUGUGAAGGUAGAGCUGGUCAAUGGAUUCGACCCACUGCCCGUCAGCUCCUAUGAUGAGAAUACAUUCGGGUACCAGAUCAUAAAGAAAACAGUGCAGAGCAUGUUUCCUCAGCUUACGGUGGCUCCUGGUAUCUGUGUUGGCAACACUGACAGCCGUCACUACAAGGAUAUCACACAAGAUAUAUAUCGCUUUGCUCCGUCAUGGUUCAAACCAGGUGAUCCUCAGAGAUUUCACGGUGUGAACGAGAGAAUCUCCAUUCAGAACUAUGAAGAGAUUGUGCUGUUCUACUUCCAGCUCAUCCAGAAUAAUGACAUCAGGAAGUUGCCGCCACCUCACAGUAGCCAGCAUGAGCUGUAAAUGGUGGGAUGUUACUUACACUGAUCUCAAGACACUUAAGUUUUAGAAACUAAGCUCAGGGAGCUUUGUUUUAGCAGAUAAGAAUUGUGAAUAAGAAAAAUGUGAAUAAAAUGAAUGUAGGUUUAGAAAAA